GAACAACCUAGCUGCCUCAUCGUCACAGCCGCUGGCCGCCGUCCAAGCCGGAUCGGAGUAAUGACUAACUGAGCUUCCUACCGCAGGGCGGAAACAGUUAAAGUCCUGUGACAGCUGCAAUCAUCGAGGCGUGGCUUUCUUGUCUGACUUGGGCCGCACAAGAUCCUGGGACAAGGGGCAGAGGAAGGACGGCUCCGGCGCCGGAGUCUUCCAGAUGGCUGAGUUGGAUCUGAUGGACCCAGGGCCACUGCCUGGGAUCCCGGCUCACCCUCUGGCCACUGUCAGCCCAGACUCUGGGUCAGGCAGCCUGGUGGAAGAAGAGGACAUGGGAUCCCUGGAGAGCCCUCAGGAGGAGACGGAGGGACAGGGCAGCGGCUCCGCAGGGCAGGGGGAUCCUGACGGUGACGGGGAGGCGGAGAUCCUAUGUGACUUCUGCCUUGGGACUGGCAGGGUGAAGGCGGUCAAGUCCUGCCUGACCUGCAUGGUGAAUUAUUGCGAGGAGCACCUGCGGCCUCACCAGGAGAACAGCAGACUGCACAGCCACCAGCUGACCGAGCCCGUGAAGGACCGGGACCUGCGCACCUGCCCUGCCCACCACAGCCCACUGGUCGCCUUCUGCCACCCCGACGGGCAGUGCAUCUGCCAGGAGUGUGGCCAGGAUGAGCACAAGGGCCAUUCCUCGGUUUCCUUGGAUGCUGCCCGGAGGGACAAGGAGGCUGAGCUUCGGGACACCCAGUUAGAGCUGGAACAGAAGCUGAAGUUGAAUGAAAACGCCAUUGCCAGGCUCCAAGCCAAUCACAAAUCCGUUUUGCUGUCGGUGUCAGAGGUGAAGGCGGUGGCUGAGGAGCAGUUUGGGGAGCUGCUUGCCGCCAUGAGGAAGGCCCAGGCCGACGUGAUGCUCUUCUUGGAGGAGAAGGAGCAAGCGGCUCUGAGCCAAGCCAACGGCAUCAAGACGCACCUGGAGCACCGGAGUGCACAGAUGGAGAAGAGCCGGCAGGAGCUGGAGAGGAUUGCUGCCAUCAGCAACACUGUCCUGUUCUUGGAGGAGUACUGCAAGUUUAAGAACACCGAGGACAGUGCCUUCCCUAGUGUUUACAUCGGACUCAAGGACAAGCUCUCGGGCAUCCGCCGGGUCAUCACAGACUCCACGGUGCACUUAGUUCAGUUGCUGCAAAACUACAAGGAGAAGCUCCAGGAUUUCUCCAAGGAAGAGGAGUAUGAUAUCAGCACUCAAGUGUCUGCUGUUGUCAGGCGCAAGUAUUGGACCUCAAAACCUGAGCCCAGCACCAGGCAGCAGUUCCUCCAAUAUGCAUGUGACAUCUCUUUUGACCCGGACACGGCGCACAGGUAUCUCCGGCUGCAGGAGGACAAUCGCAAGGUCACCAACACCACGCCCUGGGAGCAUCCCUACCCAGACCUCCCCAGCAGGUUUGUGCACUGGCGGCAGGUGCUGUCUACACAGAGCCUUUACCUGCACAGGUACUAUUUCGAGGUAGAGAUCUUGGGAGCGGGCACCUAUGUUGGCCUGACUUGCAAAGGCAUUGACCGGAAAGGGGAGGAGCGCAACGGUUGCAUUUCUGGAAACAACUUCUCCUGGAGCCUCCACUGGAACGGGAAGGAGUUCACAGCCUGGCACAGCGACACGGAAACCCCGCUCAAAGCCAGCCCUUUCCGGAGGCUGGGGAUCUAUGUGGACUUUCUGGGGGGGGUCCUCUCCUUCUAUGGGGUAGAGCCCGAUGCCAUGACUCUGAUUCACAAGUUUGAGUGCAAGUUUUCAGAGCCGGUCUACCCUGCCUUCUGGCUUUCCAAGAAGGAAAACACCAUCUGGAUCAUGGAUCUGGGGGUGGAGCUUGAGAAGCCCAUGCCACCAUCUGCCGAGGCUGCGCCCUAGACCCCAGACCCUUGCUGUCCACAAAGACCAGCCAGCAGCCUGCAUCUUAAGGGGGACUUGGGGAUGGAAAUGUCUGCCAGUGGCUUUAGGAAUCACGUGGGUUCCUGCAUGAGGGGAGAGGUCUCUGGCUUUCCCCUUUUACUUCUGCUGUGCUGGUCUCCGUGUUCUCUACUCCCUAGGCACCUACACCCCGUUUCUCUUCUUCUAGUGAUGUUCUCCUCUCUGCUAAGGUGAAUGUCACACUGUGCCCAGGCUCGGUGCCCAGGAAUCUUCAGCGCGAUCACAGAGAUUGUGGAGUAAUCAGAAUCAAUUGCAGACUCUAUUUUGUGUUGCCUAUGCCCCAGACACUGUUCUGGAUGCCGCAUGGCCAUCGACUCCCAACUUCACGGUAGCUCCCUGGGGGUCCAGGCUCCCAUCAUCCUCAGUUUGCAGAUGGGGAACCCGUGGUCCCGGGGUGGGGGGUGAUGGUCAGUGAACUUGCUCAAAGUCAUUGCACUCACACGGUGAGCGAGUAGCAGAGCUGGGAUUGCAACUUGAGCAGACCGAUGCAGAGAUUUUAACCACUACAUGAUGCUGCCUUCCUCAUCCCAUCCUGGGUGUUGUGUGUAAGGGAAUAAGCUACAUGAUGAGCUCCUCAGCAUGGACAUCAAGUCUCUUAAACCCUCCGUGCCUUGGCGCCCACUCCGUCUGGGUGGGCCGAGCAGCUGAGACCUCACUACCUCACCCCGCAGCUCAUCGGAUUUUUGGAUAGUGACGAUGCUAAGAAAUGUCUUCCCGGAGUUGGAGUCUUAGUCCUCAUGACCUCUGGGGAGGGUCUCACCUCAAGAUGUGGACUUGUCUCAUCUCUCAUUCAGAGGACCGCCCUUCAAAUACUUGGAGGCAGUUCUCACGCAUACCCUCCAGGAAAGUCGUCUUGUUUUUAUGCUACAUUUCCCACUUUCCUUUAUAACUUCUGGGUUGUUUCCUGUGAACCGUGUCAGGCAAGUCUCCUCCUCUGUCCGUAGGUGGUCCUUUCUCAAGAGCACAUUGCUUUGAGUCGCUUACCUUGUUCCCAGAGACCCUGCCCUCUAUUCGUGUCCAAGGAUUUAUACAGUGUAGGAUUUGAAUUGUUUUUAUCGGAUGUCUUGAAAUUUGAAUUUUACUGAGCUCAUUUUUUUUUU